AUGUACUACUUAAAAGAAUGGCAAACUUUGAACACGACCGAAAUCCCACUAAGUAAGUGUACGCCCAGUUCAGCUCGGUUCGGGUUCCGGGAAUAUCCUCCGGUUAGCCGGGGCUCUCCAUGUUCUCCGGGCUCUUCGGCCGGGUUCAGCUGCACCAGGUGUGCCCGUGGCCGGGUGGCUUCCUCUUUCGUCUUUCGUCUUCCAGCCCCAAAACCGGAAUCUACGAUUGAAUUUCAGACAGUAUACGGCUCCCAGCCAGCCAAACCACCCAAAACCACCAACUGGCGGCCAAGGAAAACGCAAAGGCUUUUGCAAUUUUUAUGUGCAAUUUUUUACAUGAGAACCAAAGGCGGUAUGAGAUGUCGCUUGUGGCUCGUUAAGGUUAAGGGGUGGUGGGUGGUUUUUGGGGUGCGGGUGGAGCAGUUGGGAUGCCACUGA